AGCAAACUCUAGCUGUCGCUCUUCAUCCCCAAGCGUUCAGUUUUGGUACUUUUACCUCCUUUUACCCUCCAGCGAGAUUUCCGCCUGCUCUCUCCUCUGUAUCUGCUUCCCUGUUGGCUAAAAAGAAAGAAACUGUCUUCUCUCAUCUAGAGACCGAGAAAAUGGGGGAUAUUUCAAGGUGUAAUGGUAAUGGAACAGUGGUUGGGGAAUGCCGCAGGAAGAGCUUUUGGUAUGAGGAGGAGAUCGAGCAGAAUUUGAGAUGGUGCUAUGCUCUUAAUGGAAUUCUGCACUCUGGAGAGAGUCAGUAUCAAGACAUUGCGUUGCUGGACACAAAACCUUUUGGAAAGGCUUUGGUGAUUGAUGGAAAGUUACAGAGCACGGAGAUAGAUGAGUUCAUCUACCAUGAAUGUCUUGUCCAUCCAGCACUACUCCAUCACACUAAGCCUGAAACAAUCUUUAUAAUGGGAGGAGGAGAGGGUUCUACGGCAAGAGAAAUUCUUAGGCACAAGACAGUGGAAAGGAUUGUUAUGUGUGAUAUAGAUGAGGAGGUUGUAGAUUUCUGCAGAUCGCAUUUGGUUGUCAACAGAGAUGCCUUCUUUAAUUCAAGGCUUAAGCUUGUCAUUAAUGAUGCCCGAGCUGAGCUUCUAAAGAGGGAAGAGAAGUUUGAUGUUAUCAUAGGGGACUUGGCAGAUCCCAUUGAAGAUGGCCCUUGCUAUCAGCUUUAUACCAAAUCCUUCUAUGAAUUAAUCCUGAAACCCAGACUUAAAGAAGGCGGUAUUUUUGUCACACAGGCUGGACCAGCGGGAGUGUUUAGUCAUACAGAGGUCUUUUCCUGCAUCUACAACACACUAAGGCAUGUUUUCAAAUAUGUUGUGCCUUAUUCAGCUCACAUCCCUUCAUAUGCUGAUACAUGGGGUUGGAUCAUGGCAUCCGAUUCACCAUUCACCUUGGACUCGGAUGAACUUGAUUCCAGGAUAAAGCAAAGGAUCAAUGGUGAGAAUAGAUAUCUAGAUGGGAAGACCUUUGCGUCCGCCUCUCUUCUCAGCAAAGCUGUCAGAAAAUCGCUGGACAAGGAAACACAGGUGUACACUGAAGGCACUGCAAAGUUCAUCUAUGGGCAUGGGAGUUGCCACAAGAUACAUUGAGGGUUGCGGUGGGAGAUGAAUCAGCAGUGGAAGCCAUGAAUUAGGGGUGAUUCCAAUGAGUAUAAUCUGUCAUCAAUGUGGCCAGAAGUAUUGGCCUUAAAUGUUCCAACUUAUCUAACUUACUGAUAGUAUUAGAACUCUGUAUUAGAAAGUUUAUUAUUGCUGAACGAAGGAAAUUUGUCUACUUAUAUUAGCUUGCUAAUCAAAAUCUACAGUAAAAUCUA